GCCAACAGUUGAGGAGGAAAACGCCAACAGUUGAGGAGGAAGACGCCAACAGUUGAGGAGGAAAAGAGAAAGGGUGCGUCAGUAAUGAUGGAUUCAAUUUCACAGAUCAGAUUUCAACCUGGCUCACAAGUGCCCGUGUUUUUGGUAUUACUUGUUGUCGGCUCCUAUUCGAGUGAAUUUCAAGGGGAACUUUUCACAGCAAUGCCCGGGUGUUCUGAAGAUGUCAUUCUUCCGUUGACUCCUGUCAACUCUGAUUUUGUGUCAUCUCGGGGUCAGUGUUUGGCAAACUGUCUUGGAGAUUCCACAUGCAUGUCUGUCAACCUCUGUGAAGAUCCUCAGAGUGGACAGGUGUGUCACAGACUACCUGAGACGUCAAACGGGUCGUGUUCCGAUCUUCAGUCGGCCGUUGGGUGUGUUUUUCUGGAGCCGGUGAAUGUGUGCCAGCACGGUGGAAGGUUCAAUGACUCCAUGUCUAAGUGUGACUGUUACGAUGACUUCACAGGAACCUACUGUGAGAGGCGAUACACAGACUGUUCGGAAGCUUAUGCUGGAGGGUUGAGAGGAGCAGGGAAUUCCUAUCGUAACAUCCCCAUCCGGCCACUCCUGGCUCCCCGAGAAUAUCAGGUGGAAUGUUAUCUUGCCAUCAACGGAUGGAUGAAGGUUGGGAGCAGAGGAACUAACUGUCAGGAAGACUACAACAAAACCUGGUCUGAGUACAAGAAUGGUUGGGGCACAUCGUGUUCUGUUUGGCUAGGACUUGAAGCUAUUCACUACAUUACCAAACAGGCGACCUGCCAACUGUAUGUAAAGUUAAAUAACAAUCUAGUGUUUUACUACCGGAGCUUCAGGCUUGAAGAUGAAGCAAAUAGUUACACGCUCACCUACACCACUACGUAUUCUCAUGCCACGAAACGCUCAGGGAAUGGGUUUGAGUAUGGAGAACCCAACAAGAGCAUUAAAGGUGAGAGGUUCGCCACGUGGGAUCACCCCGACUCCUCGGGAUGCGCUUUAAGUGAUGGGGCAGGGUGGUGGUACGGGACUGUCUGCCCCGAUACCAAUCUCCACAAGAACUCCACUACGAGCGUAGUGCAAUGGCCGGACGAUGGUGAUGUCUUACACACAGUGAUGUACCACAAAUUAUGGAUACAAGUUUCCUGGCCAUAGCAGUGACAAGCUUCAUAUUUCAACAGCAGGCUGCAGGAAACUGUAUGACUCGUAUUCCUGUUCUAGUUGUAGAUUUUCGGGUCUAUGGAAAGUCACUUUUUAAAACAUGUUAAAUAGUCUUACAAAGAAAUUCAUAUGAGAUUUCAUUGUUUUCUAAACAGCAACAAACAAGUGCCUGAUCCCACAUUCAGCGCGUAUGCAUAUUGAAAUCUCAGCUAGAGGCCAUGCUGUAACUGUGACGUCACAGUGAAAGACGUCCGACAUUUUAUUUCGUUUUCAGUGCAUUAAUCUACAUGAAGUGAUUUUCCAUUAUUCCUGGUGUAUUGAGGACUCAAAAUUGGGGUUUGUUUAGGCAGGAGGGGAUGGGGGUGUGUGUACUAUUUUCUGUUCAUGGUCUUGCAGACCCUUGUCUGAUUUAAUUCACAAAACAUUCAGGAUUCACUCAUUUGCUCACCCCAGAAACUAGUAUACUACUCAACACAAAUCUCAAAAGCAUUGAGAAAAGAUUGCGAUUUGAAUUACAAUUAUUGAAAAAUAUCGAAAAAAAGUAAAUAUGUAAAGGAAACUUUUGCGUUCACCAUUAAUCUUAUAAAUAUUGAAUAUGCGUACCAAAUACGAUUUUAUAUUUUACGAGUCCCGCGUACCACAUCGCUGAGGUUUCGAAUACUCUCUAAAUAGACCCCCGAAUGCCGCAUACGCAAAGAGGGUUGGUAGCCUCAUUUUGGGGAAGUCUUUAUUAAACUAGACCUGAAGUGGAGAAUCUUCUGUAUCCACAGUUUCUGAAGCCCUGAAAUUAUUUGAGUUCAAACAAAAAUAUGGAACUCGUUUAUACUCACCACCACGUAUAUUAUUGUGUUUUUGUAUGAAUGAUUGAUUGUUUGUUGUUUAACGAACUGGGGUCUGGACCAGACAAUCCAGUGAU